CCGCACCGGAACCGAGCACCGCGCACACCGCGCACACCGCACACACCGCACACCACGCCGGGACCCCGCUCCGCGCCGGGACACGGCCCCGGCAGCGCCUCCCGCCGGCACCGGGGUCCCGGCGGUUCCCGGGGCGCAGCGGAGGCAGGAAGGAGAAGAGGGAUCCCUGUGUCCCCACUGCCCUGCCGGAGGAAGGAGGAGCCGAGAGAAGGCUCUCAUCGAUCCUUCCCAGCUGUGCGGAGCAGCCGGGGACUCAGCUGUGAGCUGCCAAACUGACGGGGAGGACGCUGUCCUGCUGCCUGCCUGGUCCCGUCCUGCCUGGUCCCACCCCACCGCCAGCACCACCGCUGUCCCCUCUGUCCCCUGCCAAUGCCGGCAGGUGGAGGCUGCACGCACAGUCACUGCACUGGCAUCCCAAGUGUGAGACCAAGCUGUGGGCCCUGUUUACUCCUGUGGGACAGUGGCCAUGGGGGCUGCUCUCUCCACUGGGGCGAUCGUGGCAAUUUCUUUUAACUGUGUCAUUGCGUUGCUCAUCCUCAUCCUCUUCCUCAUCCUCUGCAAAGCUUGCAGGACCCCUUCAUGUCCCAAGAAGAGCCCAGCUUCUGAUGUGGAUGAGUCAAGGAAUGAAGAGAAGUACCUGCUGCAGCCCUGAUCUGCCUGAUUUGGGGAGCUGGGUACCCGGCUGUCCCAAAGGAGUUGCCCCAGCCUGGAUGCUUGUGCUAGGACUGGGGUGCCAGACUAGGCAUGAUGAAAGCAGAGGGGACACUCAGCUGCUCACAGGGGCCGUGACAGGGGGCACAGUCCUUUGCCUUGGCAGUCUUAGUGUGUGAAGUUCCUGCGAGUGCCUGCAGUGAUCAUGGGGAUAGAGAGACAACAGAUGGGGAUGUGCUACAGGGACAAUCAUGCCUGUCCCAGCGGCCAGAAAGCACAGCAGGAGCCCUGCCCUCAUGUGCACCCUGUGCUUGGGAAGAGCCUGUGGGCCCAGGAUAGUGGCCACCACAGCGCAGACCUGAGCAAGGCUGGGUGGAGGCUCGGAGAGAGGAGGCAGCAGGGCUGGUACAGGCACUUUUUCCCAAGCAGGCUGGCUGUUCAAUGGUGGGGUGUGCCCAGGGGGACCCAAGCAGCCCUGGCCCUGCCGGCAGAGCAGGGUGUUACCAGUCCAGAUGUUUGGGGAUGACCCUGGGGUGCCAUGGGUCCCCAGCCUCAGGAUGGCAUUUGGCACACAUCUGCCCAAGCAGCCAGUUUGAUGAGGCACAAGAGGGUCUGCAUGGUCUGCCCAAUCCUCCCCAUUCUGUCUGUCAAUCCCCUCCAGCAUUAGCACUAAUGCUGCUAGGCAAACAGCCCUCUUCCUCACCGUGGGUUUGUCCCUGCCUUCCCUCCUGCCUACUGCCA